UUAUAACUGUUUUAAACCGACACAUGGGCAUUCCGCGUUGUCUUUUAUAAGAACAGCCUCCGGUUUCUGUGUUGGCUUUUUUAUUUAUUUUUUUAAAUAUCCAAGAAGUACCUCUUUUUUUUUUUUAACGGUAUGGAUGUAAUCAACCGGAAACCGUUCGAUAUUUGGGGAGAAAUAAACUAUGACCUGAUUAAAUUUAAUGACUUAAAUUCUUUGAAAUAAGAAGACUAGGCGGCUGCAUUUUUGUUACUACGGCGUCCGACAGGUUUAACGUUGUAAGGCGGCCCAACACAGGAAACAGGGACCCACCAAUAUGAGUGGCAAAGUAAACAUGGAUACUCAAUCCAAAGAACCUGACGGCACACCUGCUGACCCAUCGGCCUCCUCUGCCAGCGAGACCAUCCUCAUCUCUGACAGUGUUGCCAAGAAAGCCCGAGCCCAGCCUCACACCACCACCACAGCUCUGCUCCUGCAAGCUCCCCCUUGUCACCAGAAAGUGGAACUGACUCAAGCCCUCGCUGUGGCAAACCCAGGUAAAGGCAGCAGACCAAAUGAGAUAGCGGCCCCCACCCUGACAGCACAGGUGGGGGGUGCUUGUAGCAUCGUCCAUGUCCUUGAGUGGAAGGAGGGGAUGGCCAUUCUGCCCAGUAGCAACCUCAAGUUCUGUGUGAGUGAUGUAGGAACUCUGAGCACACUGAUAACCCCAGGGACCACUGGCGGGACCACCGGCGGCCCCACCAACCCAGCAGCAGGGACUUCUGGAAGAUCCAUUGAGGCAGAAAGCGCUCCAGACAAACCAGCCCCAGAAGUGUCUGUUCCUGUUGGUGCUGUGAGAGCCGCAGCUGUGGAGCCAGAAAGGUUGGCGCCAGUCAAGCCUGAGGUCCAGGUGGGGCCAGAGCAACAGAACCGUGAUCCAAGAGCACAAAGGAGCUACAUGGAGGAGCUCCGCAGGGACCCCAUCCUGGACAAGAGGAGUGUCAGCGUGGAGAAGGUGCCUGCAGGUGGGAGGCUCUCCUCCCUUAACCCAGACCACCUAAAGCCCAUGAGGAAGAGGAAGAGGAAGGAGUACCUGAGUCCAUCUGAGGAAGAUUCUGACAUGGAGGGCACGGAUGAGAAGAUGGAUUAUUCUAAAGCAGAUGGCCGGCACAUCAGAGGAGGUGGGGACAGUAAGACGGAGCAAUGGACCUGGACUCAGUAUCUGGAAGAAACCAAAUCUGUUGCUGCUCCUAACAAACUCUUCCAUGAGGCACAGAGAGCCCCCACUGUGAAGAACGGCUUCAAGCAGGGGAUGAAACUGGAAGGCAUCGACCCGCAGCAUCCGUCCAUGUACUUCGUCCUCACGGUGGCAGAGGUAUGCGGUUACCGGCUACGGCUCCAUUUUGACGGUUACUCUGACUGCCACGACUUCUGGGUGAAUGCCAACUCUCCCGACAUCCACCCUGCAGGCUGGUGUGAGAGCACAGGACACAAGCUGCACACUCCCAAAGGCUGCAAGGAGGAGGAGUUCACAUGGACCAACUAUCUGAGGAUGACUAAAGCUCAAGUUGCUCCCAAAGAGGUUUUUGCGAGUCCUGGGAGGAUGGAUGUAAAGUGUGGUUUUGAGACAGGAAUGAAGCUUGAGGCCGUCGACCGGAUGAAUCCUUCGCUCAUCUGUGUCGCGACUGUCACAGACGUGGUGGACAACCGCUUCCUGGUUCAUUUUGACAACUGGGAUGAUACGUAUGACUACUGGUGUGAUGCCAGCAGCCCGUAUAUUCAUCCUGUUGGUUGGUGCCAGGAGAGGAACCUUCCUCUAACACCACCCCAAGGUGACCAGCACAUUAUUACCAUGUUUUCUGCUGCCCCAGAUUAUCCUGACCCUGGCCAGUUCUCCUGGUCUCGGUACCUGGAGGAGACUGGUUCUAAGGCUGUGGCCGCCGAUGCCUUUAAAGUGAGGCCCCCUCACAACUUCCAGCCUCAGAUGAAACUGGAGGCUGUGGACAAGAGAAGCCCUGGUCUGAUCAGAGUGGCCACAGUGGAAGAAGUAGAGACUCAUCGUAUUAAGGUUCAUUAUGAUGGUUGGAGUAAUGUCUAUGAUGAGUGGAUGGACUCAGAUCACCCAGACGUACACCCAGCAGGGUGGUGCGAAGCGACUGGUCACCCUCUGAAAUUCCCUCCUCGAGAUGCUAAAAGUCAGCAACCACAUGGUGUGAGAGAGCCUCCUGCUACAGGCCAGAACACCUACCCUACCACGGUUCCCUGCAAGCCCAUCAGCCACCCCAGAACCAACAAGUACAGUUUCCACAACAGGAAGUGUCCAACUCCGGGUUGCGAUGGUUCAGGUCACGUGACCGGUCGGUUCACUGCCCAUCACUGCAUAUCCGGCUGCCCGCUGGCGGAGCGCAACCAGGGCAGGCUGAAGGCCGACCUGUCGGACUCCGAAUGCAAGAGAAACCUCUUCUUCGGCCAGAGAACUAAGAAAACGCACUACCGUGGCAGGAUUGGCCGUCCACCCAAAUACAGAAAGAACCAACAGAGGGACUACCAGAACAUGUCCUCAGAGGGAAUGUAUCCGUCCCUGUUCAUGUCAGCCCUGAGCGGUCAGUCAGACCGGACUCUGUCUCUCUGCUGGGAGCAGCACUGUAAGCUGCUACCAGGAGUGCAGGGCAUCCACGCCAGCCAGGUGGCAACAUGGAGUGUUGAUGAGGUCUUCAGGUUCGUCCAGAAUUUGAUUGGCUGUGAAGAACAGGCUCGUCUCUUUAAAGAGGAGAUGAUUGAUGGAGAAGCUUUGCUGCUGCUCACUCAGACCGACAUCGUGAAAAUCAUGAGCAUCAAGCUAGGGCCUGCCCUGAAGAUCUCUAAUGCCAUCCUCAUGUUCAAGACCACCGACGAGGGGCUGAAGUGAUAUCAACUUCGCUCACUAGAGUGAGGUGUCGUUCAUCGUGUGCCAAAUCCAUUCUGCAGGGUUAUAAAGAAACCCUGAAUACGUUUUUUCCAUGUGUUUGGUGUCUUGUGCCCAUCAGAGAGAGAGAUGGGAGAAGGGAAAGUGGGACUGGAUCUGGGAGGAAUAAAGCUGUGGAGAAGGAGACUUUGGGUUGGAAAACGGUUAUAAUUUUUACAGCAAAUGGAGGAAUCCUGAGAUUUUGAAAAUAGGUGGUAGAAAGGUAGUUUUGCUAGAUUUCUUUGGUUAAAUAUUGCCAAACACUAAGACAUCUGUGUCAUAAAGCUGUUCUCUGUGGUGUGUUUGACUAAAACUUAAAGUAUACACACCUUUUCAAGCUAAACUUUGGUUUUAACCAUAAAUGGAAAAAGCUGAAGUGUUAAGGUGACAAAACCGUUAAACUGGUACCAUAAAAAUGUUGACCUCCUGAUUGCUGCUUGCAAGCUGUAUGAGUGGUCCAAUUCAGUACAAUGCUGGGGUUUAGUAGAAAGUGUGGUAAUCAGUAAGUGUACGUGGAAUCCAGAUUUGAACAGUGGCAGAGUCGGGGAUGUGAUUCAAAAUAAAAUACAACAUUGCUGAUGCAAUUAUUAAGUUACUUACAUAAACUCAAAGAAAGAAAACUGAAAAAGAUAAGAGAUGGGAGAAGUGGACAACCCAAAAUGGGUAGAAGAAGUAAAAAGGAGGUGUUAAUUGCAGUAAAUGAGAAGGGAUAAUGAAGCUUCUGUAAGCUUCACAUUUUGUGCAAUAAUGAAUACAUAAAAGGGGUGUGAUCUUCUCAGAAACAGCUCAAUAACUGUUGCUCUUUAACAGUAAACAAUUGAAAAAAAAAAGCUAGGUUAGUCAGCCUGUUGAAGGCUUUGUGCACAGAAAAACUGAAGUAUUCCUUAUAAUCAGAAGUGUUAGUUGUUUGUACCUCAAUCAUCCUUGCUGCACAAUUAAAAUUCAGACUUGUUCCCAGCUUUCCAGUGGGAGUCAGAAAACAGCACAGACUUUGAGUUGUUGUCUCUACUUGGACAAAAUCUGAACUUAGAUUUUUCUCAUGGAAAAACAGUUUUUUAGCACAAUUGUGAAAUCUGGUUGGAUCUCACAGCAUAAUAGUACCCUAAGCCGUCACUAGAGAGUGCAAAAAUCCACAUUUAGCACUAUAAACAUGUGUUUGGUAUCUAACAGGCUUGUGGUUGGCACUCCAUUUAGAGUGUGCAUAUGUUUACAUUUUGUGUCAGAGGUUGGUUAAAACACUGUAUGAGGGUUAAACUGUGUGAAAAGACAUUUAUGUUUAAGGGCUUUAAGGAAAUAUUUGCUCUUUGUUUGUCUCUCUGGUGGGAUUUCUUUGUGUAAGCGUGCGCAUGUGUGUGUGUGUGUGUGUGACUGUGUGUGCGUAUUUGUAUGAAUGCAAAUGAAGAUAAUCAUAAGUCACAAAUGCCAUUCAAUACAUACAAAAUAAUAAACAUACAAAUGUA